AUGGGGUGUCUACACCUGCCCUUAGAAAAAAGAGGGUUAGAAAUAGAUGCUUAUGCAUUGGAUGUGCUAGAAAGCAAUUGGAGACACUUAAUUGUUCAGGAUUUGUCAAGUCAAGAUGUCAAAGCUAGUAGAGCCGUUAAAGUAAGCUCCAUAAACUAUAUCUUAUACUACAACAACCUGUACAAGGUAGAAGCAUAUGGACUCCUAUUAGAUUGUUUGGGGCUUAAGGAGGCUAGAACAAAACUAGCUAAAGUUCAUGAGGGCAUUUAUGGUGCUCAUCAGUUUAAUGUUCCCCAGACUAUCAUUGUUGAUAAUGGGAUAGCAUUUGAAGGUGGUUUAGUGAGAACUUUUUCUGGAAAAUUUGGCAUAAGUAUCAUUAAAUCCACUCCUUAUUAUACCCAAGCAAAUGGACAAGCAAAAUCAUCCAAUAAAACCAUCAAGAAAGGGAUUCAGAAGAUGACUUAA